UUCUCAAUUCGUCAAGUUAAGAUCGCUAAGCGUUAUCAAGAAUCUACAGAGAAAUUAGAUGACACAAUUGUGGGGUGGACGCUUUGGCAAAAAUGCUGGAAAAACGAACGAUUGUCUGGCAUCGCUCAACUGUAGUCUGCCGGUGGACUCACGUCUAUUUGCCGAUGAUCUGGAUGGCAGUAGGGCCUAUGCCGAAGCCUUGGCCAUGGCUGGCUAUUUGACCGGCAAAGAAAUGUCCUCAAUUUUGGGUGGGCUAGAGCUGGUGCGUUACGAGUGGAUUGAGGGACUCAUGAAAUUUUUAGUUACCGAUGAAGAUGUGCACACCGUUAACGAAAGACGUCUAAUAGAGUUGAUUGGUGAGCUUGGCCAGCGUUUGCACACCGGUCGCAGCCGCAACGAUCAAGUUGUAACCGAUAUGAAAUUAUGGAUGCGCAAAGCCAUACGAGAAACUUGUUCGGCAUUGUGUCAAGUUGUGGAAGCAAUGUGCCUGCAAUCGCAGGAACAUUUGAAAGUUCUAAUGCCCGGCUACACUCAUAUGCAAAGGGCUCAACCGGUUCUUUUCUCACAUUGGCUGCUGUCGCAUGCUUUUGCUUUGCGUGAAGAUUGUUUGCGUUUAAUUGAGCUAAGAGAUCGUUCGAAUAUCUUACCCUUGGGUAGUGGUGCCUUGGCAGGUAAUCCCUUGGGCAUCGAUCGUUUGUGGUUGGCUGAAAAGUUAGGCUUUGUCGGGGUUACCGAUAAUAGCAUGCAUGCUGUGGGUGACAGAGAUUUUGUUGUGGAUUUCAUCUAUUGUUGUUCCAUGGCUGGUUUACAUUUAUCCCGCUUGGCCGAAGACUUAAUCAUAUAUGCCACCAAAGAAUUUGAUUUCAUAGAAAUAUCCGAUGAAUUCUCCACAGGCAGUAGUUUGAUGCCACAAAAACGCAACCCCGAUAGUUUGGAGUUGGUCAGGGGAUUAUCGGCAAGUUUGUGUGCCUGUUUGACAGGCAUUAUGAUGACUAUUAAGGGAACUCCCUCGACCUAUAACAAGGAUUUGCAAUUCGAUAAACAGUAUUGCUUUGAGGCUUUUGACAAAUUGCAGCAGGCUUUGCUAGUCACCAGUGGUGUGAUAAGAAACAUGAAGGUCAAAGCACAACAAAUGGAGGCGGCAUUGAGUGCCGAUAUGCUAGCCACGGAUUGGGCCUACUAUUUGGUGCGCAAAGGUGUUCCCUUCCGCAAAGCCCAUCAUUAUAUUGGCGCUGUGGUGGCCCAUGCUGAACGCUUGUCGGUUGAUAUUAAUGGUGUGGCUCUGGGUGAUUUGCAACAAAUCUGUCCCCAUUUCGAUGUUGACAUCUUCAAGGUGGCCGAUUAUGCUGGAAAUGUGGAGAAGUAUGAUGUUAUUGGUGGUACUGCCACCCAAUCCGUUCGAAGGCAGCUAAAAGUUUUGGAAGAUUUUUUAAGUGAUCUAAAGAAAGUGGAUCAAAUUUGAUGUAUGUAAAGUACCAAAGGGCCUUUUUAUACCCUCCGCCGUAGGAUGAGCGUAUAAUAAGCUAGCCAUUCCGUUUGUAACAUUUUGAAAUACUGAUCUGCUAACCAAUAAAGUAUAUAUAUUCUUGAUCGU